GGCUCGACAGGGUAGCUUGCAAUGGCAAACUAACGAAGCCGCCAGGCAGUCAAAUAAGAAGACAGACUGGCGAAUCCCGCACCCUAGGACAAUGGCUUAUGUGACUCCUUAUCAUACGUUCAAGUAAUAUAAUUAUUAGUUGACACCUUGCCUGUUCUUCAGUACAAAAUACCAAAUUCAAGUAUUGUAUCCAACCUAUUGACUGUCUGUCCACAAUGCCUACUCCACUUGAUAAUGCGAUGAAAUCAAAGGUAUAUAUAAACCAUACUAUCUACUUCAUAGAGACUCGAUGGACUAACUACCACCAGAAUGCCGUUCUAGGUAUUUAUAUUACUGGUUAUUAUCACUCACGCGCCAAGUACUAAUGGAGCUAUAUUUCAAAGCCUUCUCCGGGCUAGUCACCGCAGCAGUCGUUUGGUCCUUCUGGGGCGGCGACAUCUUUCCUGCUUCGGCUGACCCGAAAGGCAACCCAGAAGGUUGGACGAGGGAGGAACUGCGAAGAUGGUUAGCUGCGCGCAAUCUUCACCCCGGCUCGAAUGACACAAGGGAGCAGCUCCUAGAGAGGGUCAAGGCAAAUAUGAGAUAUUGAUGACAUGUAUGAGAAGUCGCGCUUCACUCCCCACCUCGAAUAGUUAUUCUUUCUCAUAGAGCGUAUAAUUUAAAAGACUCUCACCGGCCAGUUUAGCAAUUUUUAUUUCAGUUUAGCCCUGUUGCUGUGAAUGUAUAUAGGUCACCCGGAGAAAUCUUUACAAGUUGUUAAAUAGGUAGAUACCUAGGUACCUGGCUGAAUACCUAUUGAAGGCUAUUGCGCCGCACAUUGCAUUUGAAUAGGUGUGGCUGGUUAAGCUACAGAUGCCCCACUUGCUCUUUCGAGCAAUUCAAGCCACACUGACUUA